AUGCCGUUCCCUGAGCCGAUUCCAUCCCAUUUUGAUUACCAACCUUCUUUAGGACCGUCGUGCCAAUUUAGAUCUAUCGAAGAUGUCAACAAUGCUAUACAAAUGCUGCUUUGGAAAGUCUCUCAAGAACAGCGGUAUACUGGACUUGGUUGCAUACAAGAAGAGCUUUUCAGGCAUUAUCCCUCUGCUAUCAGUUUUAUUAGAAGCGUUCGAAUGAAUCCAGAUUGUAUACCGCGUCUAGUAGAACACAAGAAAUUAAUUCAAAGGGUUAACACACAUCUUUGGGCGUAUGCUACUACUCGUAACGUCGUAACUUUGACAGACUUGGAGGAACUGAUACAGUUAGAAUCACCAAAUGAUUAUCAACUUCUUGGUCCAAUCGUGAGGUUACCAGUAGCAUUAGAAAUACUUCAAACUAGUCAAUUUGAUCAACGUGUAGUGACAUGUUUCACAACUGGAUUCGCGAAUCAAGCAUUGAAAAUGUGUACAGAAGAUGUUUUAGGCGAACUGACAACUUGCAUCUGUAAAAAUCGAUAUCGUUUACCUACAACGGUUAGUCGAGGAUCAAUUUAUUCAUGGUGGGAAUCAGUAUUUACAGAACAUAUGCUAGGAGUUCUGGACAAUGUCAGGGUUGUACAACAUGAAAGUCAAUACCAAAAAUUGGAUCAGUUGGCCAAAUAUGGAAUUAGAAUUAAGGGAUUCUCUCAUCUUGUCCAAGAAGUAAUCAAUAAUCUACGACCUGAGAACUUGAUGAAAGCUGGUAGAAAAGCACAAGAUCAAAUCAAUGCUGAUAUCUUUAAAGUGUAUAAAGAAUUUGGUUCCACUUUGUUAAGUAAAUCAGCUCUAAAAUCAUAUCGAUCCGUUAAACCAGUUCAUCUUCUUAGAAAGUUGGCUGAUAGUGCUACACAGUUACACACUCAAUUACAAAAUUGGGCUGAAGAAAGAAAUUUGGUAUGGCAUAAAGGACAUCUAGACGCACUACUUGUAUUUGGUGAAUUUAUGAGACGUAUUGCUUCUACUGGGCCUUUUCGCUCACUUGUACAUUUACUCCUACUACUAUUCAAUACGGAGUCAAUGAAUAUCAAGGAACUAUUGACUGAAGUUGUAUCGUCUGUACGUAAAGUUGACCAAGCGUUGGAAUCAACAUCAUCAUCAUCAGCAUUACGACCAACUGGAGCAGAGGAGAUGGAGCUUAUUGACUUGACCGCCAAUUCAGAUGAUGAAUUAUGUGAAGUUUCACAGGAAAUUGACGAUUCAAUCAAAAGUAAAUAUCCGAAAUUGAUAGAGAUUGUAGAGAAAAUCAAUAAUUUAUUAACACAACAACACCAACUACAACUACAGCUACAACACAAUGAAGAAGAAACAGCAGAAAAACGAGAAAAUGAUGCUAUAAAUCAUUCAAACAAUUUAUGGUUAUCAUUAGCGGCAAUAGAACGUGAAAUUUUCCAAUCAUCAUCAUCAUCAUCAUCAUCAUCAUCAGUUGGUCAACAUUCUCAAUCAUUAUUAAAUCUACUUUCUGAAGCUAUUCAUAAUGAUAAUGAGCAUGCUGUGAAUUUACUUCCACUUAAUAUAAUUAAUAUCAAACAAGAUAAAAUACCUGAUGCAAACAAUUUUAAUGAAUCCAGUUCUGCGAAAAUUGAUACUAUACACGAAGAAUCAUCUAUAUCAAGAGAUAUCGAUCCUGGAUUAGUAUUUGACUUUAUGCAGAAAUUAACAUGUAUUUCUUCAAGAAGUAAAGAGGAAUUAUGCAAACUUGUCUGUGAUCAUUUACGGAUUAUUCCAUCAACCAAGUUGGAACAGUUGAUCGAAUCCAUGUUGUCACAACUUACAGAUAGUAAUAAUAAUAGUGAAAUAAUUAAAGUAAAACCUUUAGUUUAUCAUCAUCAUGUUCAAUUACCAAGUAUUUUAACAAUGGAACAAAUUCAACAGUCGAUGAAUGUACAAUCGUCAUUAUCCUCAGAUAUUAUAUCACGUUUACUUACUCAACGUGAAUGUGUCUUAAGUUUUUUAUCAGCAUGUCCAUCUUUAAUGGAUUUAGAAUUAUGGUCUCAAUGGUAUCAAGAUUGUUUAUUCUCUAAUCGUUGGGGUAGCCUUGAAUCAUUUCUUAUAGAAUGUGGAAUUGAUCAAGUAUAUGAACAAUAUAAUUUAGUUGCUUUACGUAUACUUCCAUUUGAUUCUGGUUCUGAUGAUACCAGUACUGCUGCUGUUCAUGGUAGCCCCAGUCAAUUAUUACGAUUAACUGCACAUCCUUCAUUGAAUGAUUUACAGCAUGCAUUCAAUCAAUGGCAAUGUAAUCGUACAUCGUUAACUAUUCGUCUUAUUAGUGAUUAUCUAAUUGGUGUAGUGAUUAAAACAAAUAAUCAAUUGACAAUUGAUCAAACAUGUGACAUGAUUACAAAUUAUUUUACAAAUGUUACAGAUCCAAAUGAAUGGAUUUAUUUUGUGUAUAGCUUAUUGAUGAAGUUACCGCUUAGUUUAUUGGGUUUAGUAUUCUCUUUGAUUAUUAUUCCAAGUUUAGAAUCAGCAGGAAUACGUCAGUCUACAUCAUGGCCGUUAGAUAAAUCAGAUAUUUCACUUCCUCCUUCUCCUGAUCAUCAUCAAAAUACUAAUGAUAACAAUGAUUCACCUAUCACUUACAGCCUUUUAUCCAUUUUCUCCAAUCAUCUCCUUCCUUUAAACACAUGUAUUCAACAUGAACAUCAUUCACAAUUAAAUGAUAUUUAUCUAAUCACUGUUAUUGGUCAUAUUGGUUAUCAAUUGAAAUGGCCAGCUUAUAUAAAAUAUUUUGAAGAGAAUCGUUUUCAAUUGAGUAAUACACCUCCUGUUCAUGUGAUUCCGUUGGAUCAGGAUCAACAACAACGCAAAACUAAUGAUCUGCCUUGUCAAUUAUCAAUAAUGAAUAAUAAUAAUGUUUUGCCUACAAGUAUAUCUGAUCAUAUGACUAAUGAUGAGAAUGGUGAUGAUGAUAAUCUAGCUUCAAGUUGUGCACAACCAAUGGAGAGUAAUGAAGAUAAGAAUUCAACUUAUCUAACCAUUCUAAGUAAUGAUAUCAAUUCAAGUGUCAAUAAUGCUGACGAAUCAAACAAACACAUUACAACAGCAGCAACAACAACAGCUGAUUUAAACAAUACUUCAUCAGAUCGUUAUCAAUUUAUUGAAGAGAUUCGACGUCGAGAAUUCGGUGUUGGUGUGGAAUUAAGUAAAGAAGCAGCUGAUUUAGUUCAGAGAGUUGAAGGUAAAUUAUCACGUAGUCUUGUACAAUUAUCCGAAGAAUUGUAUAGUUUACCUGGACAUUUCCUAUUAGAAUUAAUUCAAAAUGCUGAUGAUAAUCAAUAUCAUGUCAGCGAUAUACCGACAUUACAAUUACAAUUGUGUCAGCUUUCUACAGUGAGUGAUGAUGAUGCUGAGGCUGAGCGACAAACAUUUGCUUUAUUGGUUAUGAAUAAUGAGUCGAUUGGAUUCACUGAAUCCGAUAUGUCUGCAUUAUGUGAUAUUGGUCAAAGUACUAAAGUGUUACAACGUGAUGCGAAAAUUGGACGUAAAGGUAUUGGUUUCAAAUCAGUGUUCAAUGUAACAAAUACACCAGAAAUUCAUUCAAAUGGUUUUCAUGUUCGUUUUCAUCGACAAUCAUCACCAACAACAUCAACGAACUGCUCUACUGAUACAUCAUCAUCAUCUUCAUCAUUAAUACUUAUACCAGAAUGGUGUUCUACUACUACAAUGCGAACAUUGAAUUCUGCUCAGUCAUUACCGUCAUGGUGUAAAACAUUGUUUAUUUUACCAUUAAAUUCAAAACUAUUCAUUCAUUAUACAUCAUUGAUGACUGCAAUACAAUCGUCUAUUGUGUAUAUUAUACGACUUAUUCAAACAACAUUUCAUCCGAAUUUAAUGUUAUUUUUAAGACGUUUACAAUGUUUAACAUUUUCUUGUGUUGAAUCAAAUAUUUAUUGGAAUGUAAAACGUACCACAAAAUUGUUAUCAUCCAAGACAUCUGUCAAUGUAUUAGGAAAAAUUCAAUCGUUUGCUCAACUGAUCACAGUUCAUGAAACUCAGUGUAAUCUGUCAUCAACCGGUGAAACAACUGCACUGCAUAAAUGGUUUUGUUUUAAACAAAUCAUUCCGGUUGAUUAUAAAGAAACAAAUAAGAAUCUUCCAUCACAAACAGAAAUAUCAUUGGCUAUUUCAUUGAAUGGUAAUACAGAUUCAGAAUUAUUACAACCAUGUCCUAUAUUUUCUUAUUUACCAGUACGUAGUGUUGGAUUUCGAUUUUUUAUCAAUGGUAAGUUAUGCUGUAUUGAUUUUCUUGAAAAAAAACUAGUUUUUGAUGAAUGA